GCAACGUUUGCCAGCAGUUGCUCAAAGUUCUCUGGGAUCAUCUUCACCGGCCCUCGGCGACGAACAUGGGAGACUUCCUGGACAGGGGCUGCACAGCCCUGGUCAAGGACCACCUCCUGAAGGAGGGCUGGGCGCCGAACAGCGGAGGGAGGUGCGCUGGCGCCGGGACCCUUGCAGCAGACGGAGAACCCUGGUGUCUCAUCCAGGAUCCCCUCUCUUCCAUCGUGGAACAUCCGCACCUGGCGGAAAACUACGAUCCGGGUGCAGACUCGCUGAUCCUGGCCUGUGAGCACACCAUCGCCAAGAACAGAGGCAAUCGG